UGGCUCCUAUUGUAGUAACUUAACUAAUAACUGCACAAUCUCUCCACUCAGUGCUGUAACCAGCCAUGGAAAUGUUUCAUCUCUUGCCUUACGCUCUCUUUUUCCUUGUUUCUCUUCUCACUUUGAAACUCUUCUUCGGAAGCAGAAAAUACAAAAACCUACCACCUGGUCCAUCCCCUCUUCCCAUAAUCGGAAACCUAAACCUCCUCGAACUCCCACUCCACCGUUUCCUUCAACGCUUGACAGAGAAACAUGGCAAGGUGUUUUCCCUUUGGAUGGGUUCACGUCUUGCCGUGGUGGUUUCAUCUCACGCGGCGUUCCAAGAAUGCUUCACCAAAAACGACGUCGCCUUGGCGAACCGACCUCGCAAUCUCUCGGGAAAGCACAUCUUCUACAACUACACCACCGUGGGGUCGUGCUCCUACGGCGAGCACUGGCGCAACCUCCGCCGCAUAACCUCGCUCGAGGUUCUCUCAACUCAACGUAUUCACUCCUUCACCGGAAUCCGAAAGGACGAAACGUAUAGGAUGAUACGAACCCUAGCCAAGGACUCGUGCAUGGACUACGCGCCCGUGGAGCUAAGUUCCUUGUUCCACGACAUGUCGUAUAACAACAUGAUGAGGAUGUUGGCGGGGAAGAGGUACUAUGGGAACGAGACUGAGAUGAAGGAUGUGAAAGAGGCGAAGGAGUUCAGAGAGACGGUGGAGGAGUUGUUGCAUCUCAUUGGGGUGUCUAACAAAGCAGAACACUUACCUUUCCUUAGGUGGUUCGAUUUUCAAAACGUGGUCAAGAGGCUCAAGAAUAUUAGUAAGAGAUUUGACACGUUGUUGGAUGGAUUUGUUCUCGAGCAACGAAGCAAGAAGCAGAGGGAAAAUACCAUGAUCGAUCAUCUUCUCACUCUGCAAGAAUCGCAGCCCGAUUAUUACACCGAUCAAAUCAUCAAAGGCCUUGUUUUGGCUAUGCUUAUUGGUGGAACGGAUUCGUCGGCCGUAACAAUAGAGUGGGCAAUAUCCAAUUUAUUGAAUCAUCCCGAAGUAUUAAAAAAAGCAAGAGAUGAAUUGGACACUCAUAUAGGACAAGAUCGUUUGAUAAGUGAGUCAGACCUUUCAAAAUUGCCUUACCUUAAAAAGAUCAUCCUUGAGACACUUAGGUUGCAUCCUCCUGCUCCAAUAUCAAUACCACAUGUGAACUCAGAAGACAUCACUAUUGGAGAAUUCAACAUUCCAAGAGACACCAUGGUGUUGGUAAAUAUUUGGGCUAUACAAAGAGACCCUCAACUGUGGAAUAAAGCCUUGAGUUUUAUACCAGAGAGAUUUGAUGUAGAAGGAGAGGAGAAAAAGUUGGUUGCAUUUGGGAUGGGAAGAAGGGCUUGCCCAGGAGAACCUUUAGCUAUGCAAAAUGUUGGCUUGACAUUGGGAACAUUAAUUCAAUGCUUUGAAUGGAAGCGAGUUACUGAGGAAGAAAUCGAUAUGACAGAGGCAAAUUGGUUUAGCUUGUCAAGGGUAACUCCAUUGAAUGCCUUGUGCAAAGCUCGUCCACUCGUCAGCAAGAUUAACCUGAAGUAAUUAAUGAUAUAUUAAGUUGAGUUGUGUGUCAAUCUAUGAUAUGAUUAAAUGUAAUGUUUAAUUUUCAGUUUUUAAUAAAUGUGCUCGUAUGUAAGUGCUCAAAUUGAGGAUAAUUGUGAUGUACAAAAGAGCCAACUACAUGUUAGUGGAUAUGCCACAUCAUAUAUCUAUAUAACAUGUAACCUGAUUUUCUUGAAUAAAAUAUUUUAAAAAACUAUUAAUUAA